GUGACUCAUCGGCGGAUUUUGACUAAGACAGGAGCGAACUUAGUGUCGCGACAAGGCGGCUCAAAAAACAACUUCACAAACUUUUUGUUAGCUAUUCGCUUCAUCACUAUCAACCAUUCCCGAACGGGAUUAUUAGACUACGAGACUGAUGGAUUCCCUUUGGGUCUUCCCUUUUUUUACAGCAUUGGAGUUUUCCGGCGUUCUCCGAGUUUGCGGGAAACAGAAAGACAGUCCUUUCAGUAACAUGUUGCAUUUCAACGAACUUUGCCGGUUCUGUGACAUGGAACCUACCAAUUGCACCAAUACUGGCUCCUGCAUAAGUAACUGCAACAAGAGCUCCAUCUGCGAGAGCAGGGAUGAAGUGUGUGUCUCAAUCUGGAGGAAGCAAGAUGCCAAUGUGACUAUAGAAACUCUGUGCCACAAUCCAGCAUACCCUCUGUAUGGACACGUGCUGGAUGACUACAAUAAUACAAGAUGUGAGAUGAAAGAAAAGAAGGCUCGGGGUUCUGUGUUCUACAUUUGCUCGUGCUCAAAGGAGGCAGAAUGUAAUGACAAGCUGAUAUUCACAGAUGAUAUCCCAGUGGAUGUGGAAUCUAUCACCAAAGUGAUCCUUGUCACUCUCAUCCCACUGCUCGUCAUUGCUUUCGUGGUGACCCUUGGUUAUUACUUGUACCGGGUCCAGAGACAGAAGGCCCUGAACAGAGAGUGGGCAAAGGAUCAGAAGGUCAAGAAAGCGGGUCAUCGGAUCCGGGGGCCGAUUGACCGGAGCGAAGGGUGCGCCAUCCGCCUGGACGACGACCAGUCUGACAUCAGCUCCACCUGCGCCAAUAACAUCAACCACAACACUGAACUGCUGCCCCUGGAGCUGGACGGCAUCGUGGGCAAGGGCCGCUUCGCUGAGGUCUACAAGGCCAAGCUACGACAGAGCACCUCCGAGCAGUUCGAGACUGUGGCCGCGAAGAUCUUCCACUUCGAUGAAUACGUGUCCUGGAAGAACGAGAAGGAGAUCUUCUCUGAUGCCAACCUGAAGCACGAGAACGUGCUGCAGUUCCUGACGGCAGAGGAGCGGGAUACAGAAAUGGGCAAGCAGUACUGGCUGAUCACCGCCUAUCACCCCCAGGGCAACCUGCAGGACUACUUGAUGAGGCACGUUGUCAGCUGGGAGGAUCUGUGCCUGCUGGGAGGGUCGCUGGCCAAGGGGAUCGCCCACUUGCACAGUGAAUACACCCCCUGUGGCCGGCCGAAGAUUCCCAUUGCCCACCGGGACCUCAAAAGCUCCAACAUUCUGGUGAAGAACGACAUGACCUGCUGCCUUUGCGACUUUGGCCUGUCCUUGCGGUUGGAGUCGUCUCUGUCAAUAGAUGACUUGGCUAACAGCGGGCAGGUUGGCACAGCCAGAUAUAUGGCCCCUGAGGUGCUGGAGUCGCGCAUUAAUUUGGAGGACAUUGAAGCAUUUAAGCAGACGGAUGUGUACUCGCUGGCACUUGUAUUGUGGGAGAUAGUAUCGCGAUGUACAGCUGUUGGCGAAGUGAAAGAUUACGAGCCAGCCUUCGGUUCCAAAGUCCGGGAGCAUCCGUGUGUGGAAAGCAUGAAAGAUGUUGUUCUCAGGGAUCGGGGCAGGCCGGAGAUCCCCAACAGCUGGCUUAAUCACCAGCUCGUACAGCAGGUGUGUGAAAUUAUUGUGGAAUGCUGGGAUCACGAUCCCGAAGCCCGGCUCACCGCUCAGUGCAUAGUGGAACGUUUCAAUGAUUUGGAACAAAUGGACAAGCUCUCUGGUCGGAGCUGCUCUGAGGAGAAGAUUCCAGAAGACUGCACUGUCAGUGAGACCAAGCAGAACCUGAAGGCAGUCACCGUGGUGUAAGACCCUGUAGGCAGUCACCAAGGUCAGCUGACUGAGUGGGAGAAACAACCCAAAGCAAAUAACAAGGAAUUUGUACCAGAGGGGAGAAUUUGAUGUCCCGCAGAAGCAAUUCUGUGCCUCUUGCUGACGGACAUGUAAUUCUUCACAAAGACAGUGGAACUCUGGGAGCAGGAACCAAGGCCAGAAUUUCUGACUUGUUACAGCCAUAUUCUGAUUGGUCACUGUUCAGGAAGCCAAAGAUUCCAUCUUGUAACCAUUAAUUUUGCACUUUAUUAAUAUAUGUGUGUAUAUAUAAAGUACAGGUAUAUAUCUUGAGGAACUUUUUUAUAUACAAAGUAUCAUAAUCAUGUGUGCCUGUUAGAGUUGUAUGCAGCAAUAUGGCACUUGUAAUUUCUAUUCCCUCAAAAAAUCAUAUUUUGUUCUUUCCUGCAUUGGAUUUUGUACAGUGUAGGAACAAAUGGAAAUAGGAAUCAAAUACCAAAAAAAACAACAGAUUGCUGCUAGAUGGAUGAAAUUAAGCAAGGGGUAGAGAUCAUGGAGGGAAGGGGAAGUCUCGAGGAACAAGCCCUAUAUAUCCGGGGUGUGAAAGCGGGUGAUCAGGCCUGCCGAUGGCCUCUCACUGGAGAGUGGGACUGUUCAAAUGUGAAAUAAAACCAGACCUCGUUCCGUUGGAGAGUUGGGUUGCAAUGGCAUCAGCAGUUUAGCAGGGAGGACUGAUUUACCUAAAGUGGUGGGAGGCAAACCUCGGCAUGAUGGUAGUGACAUCAAUGCUUCUAUUUGAGUGUCUCUUAAACGUGGGUCUGGUGCGGAGUCCGGGACAAGGUUUCACCUGAAGACCCACAGCCUCAGAAGCAGCGAGCUGUAAGGUUCUAGAUAUGAAAGGAAUCGGGUGCAGAGAGUGGAGUGGCUUUGAGGUAAAAAAUUAGCUGUGAUUUCAUUGAGCGACGGAGCCAAGUGGUUUUGCUAUUUCUUGCGCAGCCAAUUGUUUGCUCUGCAGCAAGAAAAUACAGCAACAAAUUGGAAGCCCCAAAUGCCUACUGUAGACAUUAGGCAGGUGAGGUUGGGUCACUCAGACAGACGGACUGCGUUGUUUUUUUUUAAUGCUACAACUGGCUUUGGCAUCUCUAUGCUGUGGUGGGGGUGGCGCGGG